UCAGGAAAGUCCAGCUGGACCAGCACCGGUGCCCGGAUGGAUGGGGACCCGCAUCUUCAAACCCCCAUCCAAGGUCCUGGAAGGCCCCACUGCGGUCUGCCUCCAGCCUCCUUCAAACAUGGCUCUGCUCUGGACCUUUGCAUCUUCUGUUCCCUCCCCCCAACACAGCUGGGGCCCAUCAGAUUCGGGAAACACCUCCUCCUCCAGGAAUUUUCUCUGAUCCUUCCACCCUGGGAGGAGGACUUUUUCACACCCUGAUAACACCCCACCCCCUCCCAGCCUGGCCCAUAAACCAAUCUGGUUACAUCUUCAUUGAAGGGAUAAGCAGAUGAUGAGAUCAACUCGGGCAGCUUUAGAUUCAGUUUUCGGUGAUCGCGUCAAGGGCGGCCGCCCAUUGGCCAGUUCUCCACAAGCCCCGCCCCACCCCUGGCACACUCCUAUUAAAAAGCACAGAGAGGCCAUCUGCCCUCAGACUCAGAGGAUCCACGCUACCGGGCUGGAUCUGGGGCUGCAGCGGCUGCUGCCUCCUGCCUCAGACCGAGGCCUCUUUGGACCAUUUCAGCUGCCACUGCCUAAGCGCCCAGCAGUUCUUGGGACCUGGCUGGAAGGAACCUGGCUGGAAGGAAUCAUCCCAGGAGAAUCAGGUUCCAAGGAUCCCCCUGGUGUGCCCUGAGCAAUCAGCCCAGUGAGGGGCGUGCAGGGAGUGCAGGCAGUCUCUGGACCCUGUAUAGCAAUUCUCAUCUAGGAUGGGCACAUGUGCAUCCAAGGAGCAGGAACCCCAGGCCCCUGAGGAGACCCACGUCACUUGGGCAGCUCCAGCUCUCCAGGCAGCUAUGGGCCCUGCCAAUGCCUACUGUUCCCGUCUGGGAGCCCAGCCUGCGACUGACCCCGCCUGCUGGCCUGACAUGGGGGCCCCCUGUGCUGUACCCUCCUGGGUGUGGUACCCAGCCCCCUGGAGCUAUACCUGGGCACCCUUCCUCAACCAGCUAUGGGUAGCACACCCACCUCCAGCUGCCUCAGCACCUUCCAUCUGGGCCUGGGGCGUCUCCCACUCUGACCCCCUUGUAAGGAGCCAGCACCUGGCCCCCUUGGCCCCUGAAGUGUUUCCUUACACCGAGGGACCCCCACCCCCAUACUCCUCACCCCCUCCACCUCCAAGCCAGGAUGCCUCUGCUCACUGUGCCCAGGUAGGGUGGAAGACUCCGGCCAAAUCAGCACCCCCGCCUGAAGUGGGAAGGCCAUCCAGGGGUGCUUCCCAGUUGAAGACAUACCCAGUGCUUCUGUCAAGAUGUGCAUCCAGGUUCAGCAUUUGGGCACCCCAGCCAUCCUCCAGCCCAGAGCUCCACCCUCUACCCCCUUCCCCCAGGGCAGACCCUCAGCCUGAGCCCUGCUGCCCUCGCUCCCUGGGGCUGCCCCCUAGGGCCCGCCGCCGCCUCUUCUAGCUCUAAUAUGUCCUUGUGGACCACCCACUAGCACAUAGGGGCCUGUGGGGUCCAAUGAGGCCAGUUGUGCCCGCUGUCCAAAUAGUUUACAGUCUGUCUCCUGAGCCAAGUUGUGCUGAUUCGGUUCCUGGCACCUGUGCCUUGGACUCCCCUCUGCCCACAACCCCCCACUGCUGUAAGGGAUGGAGGGCAUGUGUAUUCUGGUAAAGCUAUGUGAUAGUGUGUGUUUUUACAUUUAAAUAAAUGAUGCUCUGCUA